AUGACCUCGUUAAAACCUGAUGCAAACAAAAUCUAUUUACAAAAUAACAGUAAAUAUGCAAAUCAAGAAUUCGCCGAUCUCAUUCCUCUGGAUAAUAAAGUCAAAUUCCAUAAAACCGGUUUAACAAUCGGUAGAAUCGUUGCUGAUCCGAAGAAAGAGAAAGAAGCAGAGAUGGCGAAAACAAUCAUGAAAAGUGACUGGGUUGCAGGUAAAUUAGUCGAUAAACCAAUAAGAGAUAUGCAAUCAGAAUUAACUUUUGAUCAAAUUGCUGAAGAACAAGCUGCCGAGAAAAAAGCACAGAAGCGCAUGAAGAGUUGGGGUCGCUCAGGCAUGCAAGCUGGUACAGGAAGGCGACAACCCUAUCAAGAAGAAAGAAGAAUUCCUCAGCGUCCAGACCCAGCACUUCUAGAACCAGAACCAGAUCCAGAAAAAGAGAGAAUGGCCAUACAGCAAGAAAUGGCAAACAGAUUCGGAGGAACUCCUAUCAACGACAGUUCUCGACGUGGCGGAUACGGUGGAUUUCGAUUUGGCGGAAGAGGCCGUCAGCAAGUCUCUAUGCCUAGCGAGCGUUCAUGGCAAACACCAGUGCAACGAUACGGAAAACCUAUCAGCUCUCUUGCUGAUAGUAAUUUACCUGUUGGCGGCGGAUUUACCGAAAAAGCCGUUACAUCGCAAUCCCAGCCUCGCAUGCGUCGCAAAGCCGAAGAUAUCAAAGCAUACAUGGCCGCACACGAAAAGAAAGAAGAAGACAGCGACAGAUCAAGUUCAUCAAUGGAUGAAAUCGAAAUGGAACGAUUAGGACUCAACAAAUCAUCCUCAUCAGAUGACGAAUCAGGCUCCAUCAAAGAGGAUCCCGACCAACCACGUAUUAUCUAUUCCAGACGUUUCGGAUACAUGUUACCUGAUGGAACAUCCGUUAAAAUGCCCGAAGAAGAAGAAGAAGACAAACACGAAAAGGAGAAAAAGAGAGCACCACCGAGAAGCAAAUACCAAGACGCUGUUUCUAUCAAUCCUUUAUACGAUCUCCGCGAAAUUGAAGAAGAAAAAGGCGAAACAACAGUUAAAAGACGUGGAGGAGUUGCCGGACACAAAGAAGUCAGAUUAGUUGGAGCAGCAGCCCAGCAACAAGAAGAGGAAAACCAAAGGAAGAGAGAAGAGCAACAAUCAAAGAUUAUGGCGUUGAAAGCUGCACAAGAAGAAAUAGAGAGAUUGAAAGAAGCGAAGAAGCAAAAAGAGCAAGAAAAGAAGAAGAAAAACAAAAUGGAUGAAGCGAUCGAAGAACAACUGAAUCAAGGGAAAGGAUUAAACAGAUGGAUAAAUGUCCAUGAAGUACAGGAACAAUCAAUAGAAAACCAAAAAAUGCUGGAAGAAAAUCAGAUGAAUAAAGAUAAAAACACAAGAAGAAGAUUCAUCCCAAGCCAAUCGGAUUCACCGCAAUCAUCUAUUUCUCCUGUUAGCUCAGGAACAGCUGUGCAAUUGGAUGAUAAAUUUUAUGAUAAAAUUAGAGAUUUGAUUACAACGACGAUAACUGAUUUAUAUGGUACCACUGCUGACAGACCCCUUUAUCCUUUGUAUAUGAAAGAAAAACCUGUUGAUGAAAACAACCUGUUGCAGCUUAAGGAGAAAACAGAUUUCGUUAGGCCAGGUGUUGUAUUAAGAGAUCGCAUCUCAAGAUUGCCAAUGAGAUCUCAAGAUCCUCCUGGAGCAUUUAAUAUUGACACGGAUUACAAUGCUAUCGAAGCAACUGACUUCAACACGAAGACUAAUUUCAAUGAAGAGGAAGAACACGUGUUCGUGGAAGAAGAAGAAAUUGUUGUUAUUGAGGAAGAAGAAAUUAUUGAAGAAGUUCCGGCGGAUCAGGCAAAAGAACAGCCUGACAACAAUGCAGAUCUCGAUGCACAGGCAGAUGAUGAAGAAGCUUAA